AUGUACACAAACUUUAUUCUGAUUUUUUACUUUGGAAUUUCAAUUUAUGAUGUUCGGGCUUCUUCCCUCGAUGAUCUGAAAAUGGUCUACAAGAAUGUAAUCAAAGAAUGUGUAGGUGACUACCCUAUAACUGCUGCUGAUUUAAAGUUGAUCAAGGCUCGUCAAAUUCCAAAUGAUGACAUAAAGUGCGUGUUCGCGUGCGCAUACAAGAAAACAGGGAUGAUGACCGAGGAAGGAAUGUUAUCAGUGGAAGGUAUAAAAGAUAUGAGCCAAAAAUAUUUAUCCGAUAAUCCAGAGCAAUUGAGGAAAAGCAAAGAAUUUGCGGAAGCAUGCAGCAGUGUUAACGAUCAACAAGUUUCAGACGGAACUAAAGGAUGUGAGAGGGCGGCGUUGAUUUUCAAAUGUAGCACGGAGAAGAUUACAAAUGUAAUGACGGCAAUGCGGACCCCACGGCGCACCGUAGCCGCCGAUGCGUCGUCCCAUCCUCCUGGUGUCGGUGUAGUGUCGACUCCCUCAGGUCGCCCCCAUCACCGGGAGGAGACCCCCGGCUUUGGCUUUGAACUUUAA